CCCUGGGCCAGCUGCUCUCUUCCCACCACGCAGGGAGUGGCUGCAGGCCCCUGCAGCAGCUGACGUGUCUCUUGCUGGAGAGGAGUGGAGCAGAGUGCCAUGGUGAGGACAGGGCAAGCUGACACCAUGAAUACCUCCAUCUUCCUGUGCCUCUUGAUCAUCCUGCUCACCAGGGGCUCUCCAGCAGCGUCUGCUGGAGACAACAGCUCUGCAUCCCACAGCACAGCCAGCAAUGCAGAGAAACCUGUCCUGUUGGACAAUGUUGCAGAUGCUGAAGCCUUCAUCAGUGGGGCAGAGGUGGCGGUCAUUGGAUUCUUCCAGGAACCGGGGAGCCCCGAAGCAUCCCAGUUUCUCCUGACGGCCGGCCGGAUCCCGGAGGUGCCCUUCGGCCUCAGUACCAGCCCCGCGGUCCUGUCCCACUACGGCGUCGAGGCGAACACCGUCACGUUAUUCCGCAUGGUAGACAAUCAGCGGAGGGAUCUGGAUAUGAACAACAAUGAUAUUGAUGCUGAGAAGAUGACUCGUUUCAUUCGGAUCAACGAGCUUCGCCUGGUGACAGAGUACACCCCUAUGACAGCAAUAGGUGUAAUGCAGAGUUCGUUCCAGCUUCACCUUCUCCUGGUCACAGACAAAACAUCCCCAAAGUACCCUGAGCAAAUGCGCAGAUAUCGGGAGGCAGCAGAGCUCUUCAAGGGAAAGAUAAAGUAUGUACAGCUUUUUAGUUUGGGGAUUUUUAGCAAAGGCUGGAAGCUUGAUAAAAUUCUCUUUAUCCUGGUAGACGUUAAUUUGAAGAGCAGUGAACGAACAGUGUCAUUCUUCAAACUGAAGAAGUCCCAGCUGCCAGCUCUGGCUAUAUUCAAUGCACCAGAUGAGGAGCAGGAUGUCUUGACUCUGGAUGAAGUCUCUGUUGAGCGUGUACAGGACUUUUGUAAUGGUUUCAUAGAAAGAAUGGAGAAGGGUGAAGAUGAACCUGAGGAGAAGACUCCCAAUGAGGAACUAUGAUUCUUUCUCAGCCAUCAGGAUGACUGUUGCCAGAGUCUGUUUCUGGCAUAUGAAGAGUUCACUGAGCCCCACAGCUCAGGAAGUCCUGGGAUGGCAGGAUUAUGGGACCACGUCAGUCAUGGAUUCCCAUCACCAUGCCAUGUACAUAUAUGCUGUCUGUCCUUUCUAGAAAUCUCUUCUCCCUUCUCAUUUGCUGUCUCCAGCUCUCAUUUUCUCAGUACUCCAGUAGUUCUGGUAUUGCCCUACACUGUGUCCGUCCAUGACAGCUCUGUGACACAGCAAAGUGGCAAUAUCAGAAAUGAAGAAUAUAGUUUCCAGAGAUGUUUCCCUCAUUCUCUUUUCUUUUGGUGCCAUGCUGAGUUCCACUGUCAGCCUCUCCUGACACUAGAAAUAGAUUGGUUGCUUGAUAUCACAUGAACUUUUCCAUUUAUUUUACUAAAUAAACCAGAAACUGAAUAGCCUGA